UUGGGGCGUGUGCUCGCAUGGGGCACGUAUCGCAGCCAGGCGCAGGUGCCUUUUGAAGGCGCUCAUCGCGACCAAGCAGGGCUUGGAAUUUUUCCUAUCGGGCAAGCGUGCUCGGCAUUAUUUUCCACUGGACGGCCAGUUGUCGGCAUUUCCUGUCGGACGACCGUGUCCGGCAUUUCCUGUCGGGUCAUCAGAGGGUGCAAGAAGAAGAAGCAUCCACCGCUGCUGCUGCCAGGCGAGGGUGCUCGUGGGCACCUGACUGCAUCGCGGCCGGGAGAGGGCGCCUGGACGAGGCGUCACCGGCGACUGGGCGACGAAGCGCAGCAUACAUCCCGACAAUCUAACGGUGCCAAACGGUCGGGCUCUGGCACAACACCUUCGGGUGGAGCAGUUCUCUCUAGCGAGACUGCGCUUGCACUACCGCUCGACUGUUUCGUCAUAUUCCUUGGCGGGACAGUUCCUAAACCUUUCCUCCAUUCCAUUCCUGCACGACUCAAUCCCUGGACGGCUCACCUCGGGACCGUAGGGACAGUUAGGGACCGUAGGCCAACAAUCACCUUCCUGCAAGAUGAAGAAGGCACAAGACCAGACAGAGAGGAGCGAAGGAACCAGGACAAGAAAGCUAAAGAGGCGGAACCAUCUGGAGCGACCACAGCUACUGCUUCGAGUGGAACAACUCCUUCAAGUGGAGCCACCACCGAUACGUCCACAUGCACGUGGGACUCAGGGGCGUCCAUGGCAACGACAAGCAACAGGAUGGACACCAGUGGUACGCAGGCCAGCACCGCACAACAAUCCGUUAUAUCCAGGAGUGAAACGGUAGUCGAAAAAGUAGGUCAAAGGACCGAAGAAGCGGCAUCGUCAAGGACAGUAAUCGGGCACACUAGUGACAAAGGGUCACAGAGAGAGCUCGAACGAGCACAGGCAGCUGCUGCCUUAGCCAAGUCUCAAUUGGAGUUGGCACGUCUCAACCGAGAAGAGGAGAUCGACUCGAGUGAGGAUGAUGAAGAGCGGAAUACUCAGGUGGAACCUUUCGUAAGGAGUUGGGUUCAACAGACCAUAAUGAGCGCGCCGGUUAGUGUAACGCAACCCGAUAUUACUGAUAAGGAAGCGUGUAAAGGAUCACGCCGCAAAAGGGCGGAGAUCGAGCGCAACCAAGGAAAUGCACAGAAAACACACGCGAGUGAGGUGUCAGAAUUGACCGAAGCGAUUGUGAGUGCAAUAAAGAUAGCGGGUAAAGAUAAGUCUUCCCAGCUUCAUUUCCUCCAGGAAUUACCGGUGUUCGAUGGAGACCCGGGUGAAUGGAUAGUUUUCAAAACGGUGUUUGAAGACACGAGAAGCCAAUUUUCAGGGGUGCAGAAUGUCGCACGCCUUAGGAGGGCAUUAAAGGGCACCGCUAAGGAAGCGGUUAAGUCGUUGUUGUUUACUUUGUCUGAACCUGAAGAAAUAAUGAACGCUCUCGAAAGAAGAUUCGGUAGGGUUGAGAUGCUCAUUUUAGCCGAAAUUGAGAAUGUAAGACGUUUGCCAAGAUUGGCAGAAGAUUGCCGGAAUAUAGGAUCUUUUGCAAGUCGUAUUACGAACGUGGUUGCCAUAAUACAAGCAUUGAAUCAACCACAGUAUUUAUACUCACCGGAGUUAGUAAACCGCAUAGUCGAGAAACUUGGAACUAUGAUUAAAUUUAAAUGGUUUGAAUAUCGAGCUCAGCAUCCUUUGGAGCCAGAGUUACAGAAGAUGGCCAAGUUUUUAAAUUUAUUGAGUGAACAAUUUGGAACGUCCUUAAGCAAUGAAAAUGUGCCUGAAAAACGGAAGCGUCCUGAAUUCAGGAAGCAAACUGUACACACCGCAAAGGGGUCUGUACGCAACCGUUUCAAGAGCGAGCGCUAUGAGCGCCGAAGUAAUACGAGCGAGCGUCUAGAACGCCGAAAUAAUAAAGGGCACAACCGACAAGUGGUUAUGAUAACCCAGGAUAAGCCUGUAAGUCGGGUAACACAUAAGUGUGUUAUAUGUAACAAGGAGCACUCUAUAGUGAGUUGUUACAAGUUUAAGGACAUGAAUAAUCGCGAGAAAUGGGAAGCGGUUAAAAAAGCGAAAGUAUGUUUUCAAUAUUUGUCACCUAACCAUAUGAGGUUAGAGUGCAAAGGGAAAAAAUGUGGUGUAAAGGGAUGUAGAAUGUCACAUCAUCGAAUGCUACACCGAUACCCCAAUGGAAAUACCUCACCGCAAGGGGACGAGGGGGGUAAAGAGGCUCAAAUUACAACUGUUAGUACAGUGAAUGCACUGGCAUGUGCAUACAUAAAGAUUAUACCGGUCGAGUUGUAUGGACCUAAAGGAAAGGUCAAGACCACAGCUCUUCUGGAUGAAGGAUCAACCAUGACACUCAUAGAGGAGUGGAUGGCUCAGAAGUUAGCGCCUCGCGGACGUAAAGAAGAAUUACGUAUUGAAGCCGUGGGAGGUAAGCGAAUUAACGACGACAGUUCGUAUCGCUUAAACGUUAAGAUAAAAGGCAUUUACUCGAACGACUUAGAAGAGAUAAGUGUACAAACAAUUAAGUCACUUAACCUUUCUCCGCAGUCAGUGAGUCGAGAAUUAUUGCAACGGUGUUCUCAUUUGACCCCGAUUAAGGACGAGUUGAUUUAUGAGAGGUCCAGACCUACCAUAUUAAUUGGCCAGGACAAUUGGCAUCUCAUAGUUACUCGUGAAUUAAUAUCAGGAGGUAAGAACCUACCUGUAGCAUCGCUCACAAAACUUGGAUGGGUUUUACAUGGUCACAUAUCGGGUGGCAUUAAACCAAUCAAGAUUGUUAACCACAUUUCCACCAAGAAGGAGGAGGACAUGGAUAAGUUGAUCAAGUAUUAUUUUAGUUUGGAAUCUCUGGGAGUGUCUGCGCGAAAGCCCGCGAACGACCCAGAAGAACGAGCUUUAAAUAUUUUGAGCAAAACGGUACGUCGUAUACCUAAUAAUAGGUACGAGACUGCUUUGUUAUGGCGCACAGAUAAUGAGUGCAUGCCGUCGAAUAGAGCGCAGGUUGAAAGUCGCCUGUUUAAUAUCGAAAAGAAGCUCGACAAAAAUAGCGAGUUGAAAAAAGAAUAUGAGAAGCAAAUUGAAAAUCUCAUCGUUAACGGUUACGCAGAGAAAGCGAACCAUAUUUCCAUUUCCCCACGCACGUGGUAUCUUCCUCACUUCGCAGUGACUCAUCCACAAAAAAGGAAAAUAAGAAUAGUUUUCGACGCCGCCGCUAGGACGGGCGGACGUUGUCUUAAUGAUGCAUUGUUAACCGGACCGGACUUAUUGAAGUCGUUAUUUGGCGUUCUGCUACGAUUCAGAGAAGGAAGCGUGGCAGUGAUGGCAGACAUUAGAGAAAUGUUCCUGCAAGUGAAAAUCCGGGAAGAAGACAGGGAUAGCCUUCGAUUCUUAUGGCGGCACAAGCGUGACGCGCCACCGGAAGAAUAUAGAAUGACACCCGUUGCUGAAGGCGUCGGCAAGGGAGAAUUACACACCUUCACGGAUGCUAGUGAAAAAGCAUACGCUGCCGCGGUGUAUUACGUCAUCACGGACGAGCUAGGAGAAAGGCGGAUUACGCUGAUCGCCGCAAAGGCAAGAGUAGCGCCGCUGAAACCAAUUUCUAUUCCAAGGCUUGAAUUGCAAGCAGCUCUUAUGGGCAGCAGAUUAGCUGCAUCAGUUAUUGAAGAGAGCAAGUACGAGAUAUCCGAGAGAGUAUUUUGGACGGACUCACGUACAGUGUUAGCGUGGAUUAAGUCAGAUCCUCGCGCUUUUAAACAAUUCGUUGCUCAUCGAUUGGCUGAGAUCGAAGAUCACAGUAAACCAUGUGAAUGGCGAUGGGUUCCAACGUCACAAAACGUGGCAGACGACGCCACUAGAAAUUUUCCUUCCACCUUCGAUGUAAGUCAUCGCUGGUUUCAAGGACCUGAAUUCCUCAGGAAAAGUCCUGAUUUAUGGCCCAAACAAGUGGACACCAUAAAUAGCUUAGAAACAGGUGAAGAAAAAUCGCCAAAAGGCGUAAAUGCGCUGAGAAAGCAAGAACCGUUGAGUCUACCCGACUACGGACGAUUUAGCAGCUUUAAAAUAUUCCUUGGGGAAACUACACGCACCUUACAAGCGGUAGAAAAAUUCAAGAGUUUAAGAAAGUCGGUUAAAGGACCCGACAACGCAGCCGAAAAGUCGGUUAUGUGUUCCAACGAAGUUUUGCAAAGUCGGUUAAAGGACCCGAUAGCGCGUUGGACAUAG